AUCAGCGAUGCGGGCGAGAUCGCAGUGCGUAAGUUAGGCGCGCUCGUCGCGCAGACAGGUGCGGAUGGAAUCAAUGGUGACACCCUAGAUUUCAUUCCCAGGGAAAUCUACGAUCGCUUUCGAACUGCUGCAGGGGGACGUCUAGCGCUAGAGCCGGAAAAUCUAGGAAACGUGAGGAUGCAACCGUGGCACACAAACGGCUGGGCAUACUGGAAACGAGAUAGGGUGGAGCAUGAUGGGUAAUAUUCUCAUAUUUCAUACAAGUCACUUAGUCGCAGUCUUCCUUUUAUGCAAGUCACUCACUUGAUGAAAUUGUUGCCACGGGUGUAUGUCGCAAUCUUCGCUUGCAAUCUAUCCCCACAUCAGAACCAUGCGAUUGCCCGCGACCUCCGGCGAUUUUGUAGAGAAGUCGCCCGUGCUGAUUGAUGCGUGGAAGUAUCUUUUCGAUACUCGAUGGAUGAGCCACGCUUGUGAGCGGUUUGAACAACGGCAUACCUUUUAUCUCCUGAAUUCUUACCUUAAUGGCGUAGGCUCCGUUGCUUGGGAGAACAUUUGG